AAACCCACUUCCAGUCAACGGCUGAGAUGUGUCUGUCACAUAAAUGAGCAAAAAUAAGGCUGUAACACUAUCAUAUUUUAUGUUUAUGUUUUUUUGAACGUGUAAAAACCUCCUUCACAAAUAACUGUUUUUAACUGCCAAUCCACUCUCUCUUCUGGUUCCUGUCAAAACCCUCACUCUCUGAAACUCCAUAACAUGCCCUCUUCUUCCUUCUCUCUCAAAACCCUAACUCCAAACCUAACAAUCCCAAGGAAUGACUCCACCACCAGAGUUUCCCUUUCUUCCGACCUUACCCCCAAAAACCUCGCAAAAGUACACCCAACCCUUCCCUCCAAACCCAGAACAACCAUCUCCUCCAAAAUCCUCUCUUCUUCAAACCCCACUAACCCAUCUUCCUCUCCCUCCAAAACCCUAAUUUCAAUCCUCUGUGCCAUACCCGACUGGGCCGACCGAAUCAAAGAGCGAGGAAUGCGACGGGACCGAACCCUCUACAACCACGAGAAAUGGGUCGAGCACAGAAGCUCGCUCCGCCAUGUCCGCCACCUUCUCUCUAGCCCGUCGUCACGUGUCAUCCUUUCAUUGAUACCGCCAGUAAUAGCUUUCACGUCGGUGGCCGCGGUCAUUGCGAGCUAUAACUCGGUGGUUUUGAUGCACUGGUUGCCAGAGUUUUUCCCGGUGUUGAGUACCUCGUCGCUACCGUACCAGCUGACGGCGCCGGCAUUGGCGCUACUGUUGGUGUUCCGUACGGAGGCGUCGUAUUCGAGGUUCGAGGAAGGUAGGAAAGCUUGGACUAAAGUAGUUGCGGGGACGAAUGAUAUGGCUAGAUUGGUGAUUACAUCGGUGAAGAGUUCCUCUGACGCGCCGCUCAAAAAGGCGCUUUUGCAGUACAUAAUCGCUUUCCCGGUUGCCCUUAAGUGCCAUGUGAUUUAUGGUUCAGAUGCUGAAGCAGAUCUCCAAAAUUUGCUUGAAGGAGAUGAUUUGGCGGUGGUUUUAAAUUCAAAACAUCGCCCUCGCAGCAUCAUUCAGUUCAUCUCACAGAGCCUGCAAAUGCUGAAGUUGGAAGAAGCAAAGAGAAUUAUGUUGGAAUCAAAAAUCUCUUGUUUUCAUGAAGGAAUUGGUGUUUGUGAACAGCUCAUUGGCACCCCAAUCCCUCUAUCAUACACUCGCUUAACUUCAAGGUUUCUUGUCCUUUGGCAUCUAACUCUCCCUAUCAUACUAUGGGAUGAUUGCCACUGGAUUGUGGUUCCUGCUACUUUCAUUAGUGCUGCUUCUUUGUUCUGCAUAGAAGAAGUUGGUGUUCUUAUUGAGGAGCCAUUUCCGGUGCUUGCCCUAGAUGAUCUCUGCAACGUGGUUAGGGAGAACAUUCAGGAAGCCAUAGCAAGUGAAAAACGAAUUCGGACUUUGCUAAAUGCAAAAAGAAAGAUCUACUCGGAGCAGCAUUCUUCCAAUGGCCAUCCUAAUUUGUAGUUGGGUGGGAUAAUCAUAUAGAAAUUUUUGCACAACUUGUGUGAUUUUGAGUAUUACACUCGGGCAGAGCUUGUGAAUAGUGAUCAUUGGAUCUGUUGGCCUCUUAACCAAACACUAAUAUUAUCGAGUUUCAUCAAUUGAAUGUGGUAGAUACGUUACAUUUUAUGUAAACAAGAAACCCUGUGUAUAUUCUAUAUUUUCUCUGUACAUAAAUGAUUUAUAUGUUAAAUGAAACUGUUAACAGGCCUCA